AUGGAAUAGGAAAUGACACUAAAAAUUGCAAGCAUUGAUAAAAAAAAACCUAAAAAAGUGCGUCUUUUAUCUUACGUAGCUCCAACAUUGAAAAAGAACUCUGAAGAAAAUAUAUCAAAUCUUAGAAUGCUCAUAACUUACUUAGUUUGA